AUGUACGUUUGCCGGUUAAGUACUGUUCGCGUCCCCCUUCCCCCUCCGCCGUUCGUGGUACUGCCAUAACCUCAAAUUACUACGUGCGUAAUUUACCGGGUUUUAUUUAUUUUUUUUUUGAGGAAAAAAAAGACGAAAAAUGCGAAUAAGUGCGUGAUGGUUUAAGCGCGGAUUAAUUUUCUUUUUACUGGUAAAACUGUCCUGCGGUACGAUGAUGAUCAUGAUGAUGAUGAUGCGGGGAUGUGUGGCCCUGGUUUGGUUUUUGGCCGGUUUUCGAUUAGCUCUAGCGGCCCCCUCGACGGACGCCUGCCCCCUGGACAGCCUCCUCAAGGAUAACCACUGCGUCUGCAACCCCUUCUCGUGUCAGAAACCCCCUUGCCUCUCCACCCUGACCCUCCGCACUAAAGGAACCGAAGAGCCGGGCUCCUGCUGUCCCAUUUACACCUGCGAGGGGUGCAAGAACGACACCUUGCUGGACGGGAAGUGUCCCUGCGCCCCCGGGGCCACCAUUAACCACUUGGGGGUGUGCGAGUGUGUCGACAAGGAGCGCCACCUGGUGGACGGGGAGUGCGUGUGCAACCCUCGGUUCUGCGAGCUGCCCAGGUUGGUUUGUGAUAGAAAGAGCGUGCCAACCACCAUAGAGGACGGCUGCUGCAGGAAAACCAGAUGCGUCCCCUGCCCCUUGGAUAGCGAGAGCACCAACCUGGACACGGCUGAACUGGAGGAUCACUGCGUCUGUUUGCCCUGCGUCAACGAUUGUGGACUAAAUAAAACCGUCGUGAUCAAGAAAAAGGGUACCGGGUUCCCGGGGAACUGUUGCGACCUGUACGAGUGUCGUCCCCUGUUGGUGGAGAAGGAAAACGACUGCGUGGUGGGCGACAUCAUGUACAAGAACGGCGAGGAGUGGUUCACCGACGAGAACCAAAAGUGCACCUGUGAAAAUGGGGUGAGUUUGUGUGCUGCCAUGAUGGUUGAACAGCCCCCGUUGGACUGCUGGGACGAGUCAGUGGUCUACAAGCACAACGAGACUUGGCUUAAAGAGAAGGGCUGCACCCUGUGCCAGUGCCUCAACGGCGAACCGAAGUGCAUAAGCCACUACUGCGACGUACCGAAAGAGGGGCACAUAGCGGCCAACGAGUCUGUGCCCUGCGUCCGGGAGGAGCGCGUCUGGAACCACCUGGAGCAGUGGCAAGAGGUCGACGGGUGUACCGAGUGCACUUGCCUCAAUGGUGAGGAGCGUUGCGACUCGAAGCCCUGCGAGAACCACGAGCCCAAGCAAGAAGUACCCGGAUCAGGUGAGUGUCAGCCGCUAACCUCGUGCAGCAAGCGCUGCCCGCACGGCUUCAAGCUUAACAAAAAGGGCUGCGAGGUGUGCAAAUGUAACCCGGCGAAGGUCAGCCCCGAAUUGCUGGGCAGGUACAACAUCACGUACCCCCAGCUGAUCCAGAUCCUGGAUGAGUACAGCCAGAGAAGCACCACGCCCUCGUUCGUGCCCACGGUGGUGUUGAUUAGGAGGCACGACGGUGAGCAGGUCACCAGUACCGAUGGCGGCGAGACCAUUAUUACCCCAAUGAGUCGUCCGGAUGAUGAUAAAUCCUGCUGGAUCAUCACUGGCGCCCUCUCGCUCCUGAUCCUGGGAAUAAUCGCGAGCGUGGCAGGGAUCUGCAUUUACAAAAUGAACAAGAGGCAGUACAGCGUGACGCCAUCAAGGGGCAGCUACCACAGCGUGACCAAUUCGACCGUCGACAACAACAACACGAUCAAAAUGAAAAAACACUCGCUCCGGUUCGAUAGUGUCGAAUAAUCGCGACUCGAUCCGGUCCGUAUCGAUUAAUCGAUACAGGCUUGAUUGAUCGAUCGAGACCCACGUUAAAAUUUGAUUAUUGGCUCGAUUGGGGAUUAUUGGCUUGAAUAUAUCGAGGCUGACUAAUUUGAGAAUUCGUGACCCUCAUGUUUGUAAAAUAACUAGGGGUCCAUGUCCGGCCCAGUCGAGCCAAUAAAAGGAUUUUAUUUAUUGUUGUUUUUUGUGAUAAAUACGUUGUUUGAUUAUUUAUUUUUGGGUCGGUUAAGCAGGGUUCUUCUUGGUGAGAAACAUGACAUGGUUUUAUUUGGUUUAAUUCGAUCUCUUUUUGGACGUUUUUUUUUUAUUUUAGUAUUAUUCGGUUAUUAAAAAAAAAUUAAAAUAAAUUAGUGUGUUGUUCCUAUUGUUAAGACUUUACUUAUUUAUAUUUUAGCUGUAAAUGUGACAGACUAAAUGCGGUUAAGUAUACGAAUUGUUUGUUCACUUUGGUCUGCAUAUGGUGGCUCUCAGUAUUUCGCACAAAAAAGUAUUUUUUAAAUGAGUUGUACAUAAUUUUAGUUCGUAAAUUUGUGAUUUAAUCGUUCUAAAACACGGUAGCUAAGUCGCAAUAAAACAAUAUUCGCUUUAUAUUAAAAAGAAAAAUACAUAAUUUUGUUCCUAUCUGUUGUCUAAGCUUGUUAAUAAAAUAUCGUAGGUUAGGGUUUCACGAUCAUGUGAUAAAACGAAAACUAAUGUUAAUAACCUGAAGAUUUAUUUAUUUUUUUUGUUCUUAAAUAAUUUUAGUUGAGGUUAGAUCGGGCGGUCGUGCGGAAAAUCCUUUUUCUGCCUGGCUAGUAUAGUAGUUUAAUAAGGUAGUCGUAAAAGCUGUUAUUGUAUAUAUGUUUCGAGUAAUGUAAGCGUUAAGAAUGCAAAAAUAUAGUGAUUAGUAAGUUU